AUGGUAUUGCGCAUACGAAGAAUUAAGAAACUGGCACCAUUGAUCUUCACAUCAUUGUUGUCUCUCAUUGUUCUUUUUAGGGUCUACCGACAGUAUCCAUUCUCCGACCAUUUCGAAACACGCAGAGAAGAUGAUCGCUCUGGCAACGUGCACUGCUUUUCUAGACUGCGUCAAAUAGAGGAAUAUGAAAAGCCGGAAUUGACAAGUAAAUUCUAUGAACCGAAUAGAUGGAAAUCUUUUAUAUCUUACGUGACCAGGAGUCGCAAGGAUGUGAAAACUGUGUCCCGAUCGCUAUCCAAUUUGGAUUUGUAUCAAAAAUGCUCAAAAGAAAUCCGUGCUGAUCAGGAUAUUUCCCUUCUUCAUAGCAUAGAAACCAAGUUGUUCCCAUAUAUAAACUUCACAGCCCUAAAUAGUGAACAAUCUCAUAAUUUUUGGCCUGUUCAUACCCGAUUUGAUGGAACAAAGUACCGUGGACAGGUAUUACAAUUUUCUUCUGAGAACAAUUCGUUCAUUGGAACUUCACCCAUUGAAUUCAAGGCUAGCGAACCUUUUUGGGAGAACUGGUUGAAUUCAGCUCUUCAAAGGAAUUCAAAAGGUGUGGUAAUGAGCGUAUCGGAAUAUCUGGUGGCUGAUACAAUUCGACUAAUAAGAGUUUUGCGGCUGUUAAAUAAUUCCCUUCCAAUUGAAAUCGUUCACAAAUCGGAUUUACAUGAGAGUUCUCAACAGCUCUUGAUAGCAGCAGCAAGAGAAUCUGGAUCCUUAAAUUAUCCCCCUCAGGAAUUGUGGUUUCUGGAUGUGAAAGACAUGUUAAAUGACGAAUAUUUAGCGAGAUUCAAGAGAUUUUCGAAUAAGUGGCUGGCAAUUACCUUUUGUUCAUUUCAAAUACCAAUCUUUUUGGACUCUGAUACUGUACCUUUUGUCCCGUUGGAUACACUCUAUGAAAUUGACGGAUUUAAAAGAACAGGUACACUGUUUUUCAAAGACAGGAGUUUUCCAACCUCCAAGUUAAGUCCACUCCAAGUUAAAGUUUUGAAGCAGAUAAUCAAUAAUAGUCUGGAUGUAUCCUCGGAUUCGGAGCAAGGUUUUGAAAUCUUAAAACAUAACCUAAACGAUGAGAUGGCAAUUGAUGCAAUAGAGGCCUUGAUUUUCAAGAAACAAAAACAUUACAUGGACAGCGGCUUAGUGAUAUUCGAUAAACAAAAACACUUUUUCUGUCUACCAAUCGCAAUAAUGCUGCAAUUUUCGCCUAUCCAAGAGUUUUUCCAUGGUGAUAAGGAAUGGUUUUGGCUUAGUUUGUUUAUUUCCAAAAAAGAGUUUACUUUUUAUCCAAUAGAGGCUUCGAAUGUAGGAAGAUUAGAGAAGCCGGAGACUCUAGAAAGCAGUACAAUCUGUUCUACCCAGCUAUCUCACACGGACGUGUACGGUAAUCUUUUGUGGUUGAAUGGCGGAUUAUCCGUUUGCAAAAAAAAUUGUUGGAAUUAUGAUUUUACAAAGCGUAAAGAGAUUGCGGCCAAAUACAAAAGCGUUGAUGAAUUACGGAAUUACUAUCAAUCACCUGUGAAACUCGAAGCUGUCAUAAUACCCGAUGUCAGCAAGUCCCCCUGGUCGCAACAGAGCGAAUGCGUUAUGUACAGCUAUUGCACACAUUAUAGGAAGGGACAGUACGGAAAAUUGAUAGAGUUUACAGAUUCUCAAAAGAAAUAUUACGAGAAAGUUGUAGAAUUAUGGAACAAGGUUGUAUAG